ACCUGGAUAUUUUUGCUGUAUUUUGCUCCAUUAAGAUACAGCCUCUUCUAGAGUCACCUAACCAUUGAUGAGCAGCAGGAAAGCCUCUUCUGAAACCAUCACCUUGGAGCAAUCUUCAGAGUGGUGGAUGGAGCCCAGGAAAUAUAUCCUGGGGAGGCCUACACGGUCGAGACCAUCGUAGAAAUGGAAAUAUGGGAAUACCAGGGACAGUGAACCAAGUCUCUCCCUUAAAGAAGCCAUUUUCUGGUAAUGUCAUCGCACCCCCUAAAUUUUCUCGUUCUGCUUCAUCCUUGACUCCAAAACCAUGGACUGGGGAUAAUGUUUUCAGAACAGACAACAACAGUAACCCACUUUUGCCCUUACAGGAUCGGAACAGAAUGUAUGACACAUUGAAUAUGCAUUCACUGGAAAAUUCCCUUAUUGACAUAAUGAGAGCUGAGCAUGAUCCUCUUAAAGGUCGUUUAAGUUACCCACAUCCAGGAACUGACAAUCUUCUAAUGUUAAAUGGUCGAUCUUCCCUCUUUCCCAUAGAUGAUGGCUUAUUAGAUGAUGGUCACAGUGACCAAGUUGGUGUAUUGAAUUCACCUACCUGUUAUCCUGCUCAUCAAAAUGGAGAACGGAUAGAACGUUUCUCUCGGAAGGUGUUUGUUGGUGGUCUUCCUCCAGACAUCGAUGAAGAUGAAAUAACUGCCAGCUUCCGAAGAUUUGGACCUCUGGUGGUUGACUGGCCUCACAAAGCAGAAAGCAAAUCCUACUUUCCACCUAAAGGUUAUGCAUUCCUCCUUUUCCAAGAGGAGAGUUCUGUUCAAGCCCUGAUUGAUGCUUGCCUUGAAGAAGAUGGAAAGCUUUAUUUGUGUGUUUCCAGCCCUACUAUCAAGGAUAAGCCUGUUCAGAUCCGUCCCUGGAACUUAAGCGAUAGUGACUUCGUAAUGGAUGGUUCACAGCCUCUGGAUCCUCGAAAAACCAUUUUUGUUGGUGGUGUUCCCAGACCGUUGCGAGCUGUGGAAUUGGCUAUGAUAAUGGACCGUCUCUAUGGUGGAGUGUGUUAUGCAGGAAUCGACACCGAUCCUGAAUUAAAAUACCCCAAAGGUGCUGGGCGAGUGGCUUUUUCCAAUCAACAGAGCUACAUUGCUGCCAUCAGUGCUCGGUUUGUUCAGCUUCAACAUGGGGAUAUUGAUAAACGAGUGGAGGUAAAGCCAUAUGUGUUGGAUGACCAGAUGUGUGAUGAAUGCCAGGGCGCACGAUGUGGUGGAAAGUUUGCUCCUUUUUUUUGUGCCAAUGUUACUUGCCUGCAGUAUUACUCCCCAUUGAUUGUUCAUGGUUAAAACUUCCUCUCCAAACCAAAGAUGGGGAAGCCCACUGCUAACCAGUCACCAAAUGGGAAACUACUGAGAAAUGAGCACUAAAACAUGCUGAUACCAAGAAAAUGCUUUACUAAUAAAAAUCUAAAUAAAGUCAAAAUGGAGAUGGUAUAAUAUUUCUACAGCUAGUUGCAGAAGGUAAAUCUUAUCUUUAAGGCAACAGUGAAAUCUGGCUUAAAUUGUCUGUUCUUGCUUGACCUCAGUACACUUGACAGUAUAUUUAUCAAAAUGGCAUCGCUGUUGCAUGAAAUCCAGUUCGUUUACUGACAGUCGAGUGUAGAUUUUAAUCCAGAUGAAGCCGUUUCAAGUAAUGGUAUUGCUUGCAAGAUUUUGGGUGGUGUAAACCAAGCCAACAAACAUUUUCUUGAUCCUAAGUGCAAGAAUUUCACUAGCAGUGUUUUUGUCCAUCUCGGAACAUGUCAGUGCAACUAGCUUUUAUGUUCCAGUGGAAGAGCUACUCUGCGGUUUAAGCACCCAAUAAAAGCAAGUCCAGAAUUGCAGCCCUUUCCACAGAGAGAAAUUAACCAGGGUUGUGCUCUUGCCAAACCCUCGGGGACAAUCCUUUAUGGAAGCGUAGUUUGCUCUUAAAUUGGUUGUCUUAGUGAGCUGCUUGUAUGUUUCAUGUCUAACGCUACUGUUUUGUUGUGAUUGUGGUUCAGGUUUUUAAAGUUUUAAAGUUGAUGCUGUUUAAAAAAAAGCUUUUUAACUGAUUUAUUUAUCAAUGUAUUCUAUUUGUUACUUAACCAUGAUCCUCCAGACUUUUUGGAGUAUUCUUUUCUAACCUUAAGCCCUGCUAAACCUUGAUCCAUUUUUGACAUUUGUUAUGCACUAUUUUUAUAUCUCUGUAAGAGAUUUUUUUCCAACUAGUCAGCUAUUUCAAGGCACAGUUUUUUUGACUGAUUACAUCUCCUUUGCUAUACCUCAAUUUUUGGAAUUAAAAAGAAAAAUCAGUAGUUUUGCAAUGUUAAUUAUUUAAAUAUAAUUUAAUUCUGCAGAUGUUUUUAACUUUAUUUUCGUAUUUCUUGCUUGAAGUUUAAAAUUGAAGCGCCUUUAUAUGUUUUAAAUAAUGAAAAUAAUACCGAAAAAUAGUACACAAUUGAAAUAAUUGGAGAUGUUGAAAAAGCCUUUUCCCCCCUUCUCCCCUACAAUAAAGCUGUCAAAAAGGUGGUGUUACCCUUUACUUGAGAUGGGUAAACUCAUCAAAAUUAUCAAGCUAUGCUUGUCACUUCAUUUCUGGAGCUAUUAAUGCUAAUAGCUACUUUAACCUACAUCUCCCUUUUUUUUUUUUUUGGUCCUUAAUCCAUGAAUUUUGGGUGUUAAUUCAGUGGAGGGAUCUCUUGCAUUGACAUCUUUUGAAACAAAGCAGUCGAUCUGUUGGUCUCCCUUCAUUUCUUAGAGGAGAGGUGGGACAUACGGAUUUUGUGCGUACCUCCUGCUUAUUAAUAGAGAGGGGGAGGGUAUAAGAGUCUUUCUGCUGGAUUGGGCCCCUGUUUUCUCCAGUGUUCACCACUGUAUUGCUUUUGUUUUAUAAAUCAUAUUUAUUUUACUAUUUUUGUAGAAGAUUGUUAAUUUUAUUGUAUUUUUGUAUUUUUAAAGCUUCUUUACUUUUGUUAUCCCAGAUGUGCAUAUUGCUGUUCAAAUGUAUGACUGUGGAAGGAAAAAAAAAACUUUAAAAAGUCCACACUUUUUGUUAAGAAGGAAACAUUUAGCAUUUAUAUAUUUGUGUAUGGAAAACACUUGAUCCUUAAUUCCCUGUUUGCAUCUGGCUGCCCAAGGCCUCUCCUCAAAGAUGCUACAAAACUUGAAUAUAACACAUUUUGGAAGGCUGACUAACCUCGAUUCUGUGUUGUGAUGUGCAAUACUGUUUCUAAUGUUUGUAUAAAAAGAAUAACCGUGUAAACCUUUUUAAUGCAAAUUUUAUUUUUUCAUUGCAUCUUUUGCAAAUUUUAUCCACAGUGUCAUUUUUUACUGUCAGAAAAAGAAAACCCCUUUUGUCAUUGCUACUAUUUUUUAAAAUUCAGAAAUCUUUGUACUGAUGUAAAUGAUUGUAGUUAUUUUGGAUAGUGUUUUGCUAACAAAGGGAGAGACUUUUUUCAUGCAUAUUUCUAUUUUGUUGUCAUUUUGGGUUUUGUUUCUUUGUUUUGUUUCAA